CACUAAGCCCAUCUAUGUUGCAUUUAUCCAGUUAUUUUUGCAUUAAGCCUUAAUCAGAAAAGCUGCAUAGUUUCCUAAAUAAAUUCAAAAAUACAUUUUUCACAACAAAUUUGUCCAGAUAAAGUCAUAUUUUACCAAAUUAGACCUACCCUAUAUUGCAAUAAUGUUAUGACAAGUAGUAUGUAGUGUUUUAAUUCCUAUUCCAAGCUGUUAAACAAAUUACACGAUUAGAAAAUAGUGCACAAAUGAAAAUAACUGUAAUUUACUGAGUGACACUGAAGUAUCCUUAACAAUGAUUGACUUGGAUUACUCUGAGCCAAACUUUGAACUGUACACAGCUUCCGUUUGUGUAGGGGGGACACGCCAGGGUUGUCCAAUAACAUGAAUACGCCCAGCAGCACUCCUCUACUGCGGAUUGGAGUGGUGGGAUAUGGACACCUAGGGCAGUUCUUGGUGGAGAAGAUCCUGUCUGAGGGGCCAGGGGUUGGAUUGGAGCUGGCUUUUGUUUGGAACAGAAAUCCAGACAAACUCAAAGGCACGGUGGCAGAGGAGUUUAUACUACAGGACCUGUCAUCCUUUGCUGAGAGGCGGUGCGAUGUAAUAGUGGAAGUUUGCCAUCCUCACAUUGUCAAGGAGUUUGGAGUACGCUUUUUGUCCAGGUCUCAUUUUAUGGUGGGCUCUCCCUCUGCUCUCUCAGACUCGGCGUUGAACCAGGACCUCCGGCAGGCAGCUCGGCAGUACAGCAGGACUCUGUAUGUGCCCAGUGGUGCUCUGUGGGGGGGCCAGGACAUCCAGAGACUCAGCGACAGUGGGGCCCUGAAGGCCUUGUUCAUCCGAAUGUCCAAGCACCCGUCCUGUUUCCGGCUGACCAAAGAUGUGCUCACUGAUUGGUCGGAGGGCGAGGGGAGGCGGGUCCUGUUCAGAGGCUCAGUGGCAGAGUUAUGUCCUGUUGCCCCGAACAACGUGAACACAAUGGCAGCUGCAGCGGUGGCAGCAGGAGCUCUGGGCUUCAGCGGAGUACAGGGCGAAAUCGUGUCAGAUACACAGUUGAGUGACUAUCACGUGGUGGAGGUAGAAGUCACGGGGCCUGAUGGCUUCUCCGUGCACACAGUGAGAAGGAAUCCUGCCAAACUGGGAGCUGUGACUGGGAGUGCUACAUACAAGUCUUUUUGGAACAGUUUACUCGUUUGCAAAGGUCACGGAGGUCGUGUCUACCUUUGCUGAAGUCAAUGCCCCUAAAACAAGAACUGAACUUGCUUAUUUACCUGUAUUACUGUUACAAAUAUUUUCAAUUUUCAAUAAAGC